CUCCCCCUCCUCCCUCCCUUCCCCUCAACGUAUUCAGUCCACAUCCUCUUAUUGUUUCACAUAGACCUUCGUGUGUGGUCUGUGUGCUCGUUUUGUAUCUCAAACUUGUUUCAGAUUUUUAUCCUCGAUGCCUAGUUUAGGAGGUCUGUUGAAGAAGCGGCGAACUAAAGAUUCGCAGACCCUCUCCAAAGAGCUCGAAGCCGGUUCGGCCCAGACGCAGACGUCACCAAACGCUGCCGAAGACAACCACAACCAGAACCACCACCACCACCAUCAUAACCCUCUUCACUACCUUCAUCAUCACCACAACCAAGAUCACGACAAUCAGCAGCAACAAGACCAGCAACAGCAACCUGAACCUGCCGCCAAUCCCGCUGCCACUGCUGAUCCCGCCCAGCAGUCGCAAAAUUUGGCCACCAACCAGCCCAAUCGCACUUCCACAGCCGGUCAAUCCAACGAGGCUCAACCAGUCUCCAUGCAAUCCGCCGUGUCGCAACCGUCGCCUUCCCAACACACCUCCGGUGUUUCACAGUCCAAUGUCAAUGCUGCUAGCAUACAGAACAUAAUUCACUCUUCUCAGCAAGGCUCCACGCACUCUGGCUCCGGCAGCCAGGCCCAGGCCCAACAAUCCGCUAGUCGCAGUGAUGCUCGCACCACCAAGGGAAAGUACUCUCUAGAUGACUUCAUUCUGCAGCGCACGCUGGGCACGGGCAGUUUCGGUCGUGUCCACCUGGUGCAGUCCAAGCACAACCACCGCUUCUACGCGAUCAAGGUGCUGAAGAAGGCCCAGGUGGUCAAGAUGAAGCAGAUCGAGCACACUAACGAUGAGCGGCGAAUGCUGAACCGCGUUCGGCAUCCAUUCCUAAUCACCCUCUGGGGCACAUGGCAAGACGCGCGCAACUUGUACAUGGUCAUGGACUUUGUGGAAGGUGGUGAACUGUUCAGUCUGCUGCGCAAGUCCCAGCGAUUCCCCAAUCCCGUUGCCAAAUUCUAUGCCGCAGAGGUAACUCUGGCCUUGGAAUACCUGCACUCCCAGCAGAUCAUCUACCGAGAUCUCAAGCCCGAGAACUUGCUUCUGGAUCGACACGGACACUUGAAGAUCACUGAUUUUGGAUUCGCAAAGGAGGUCCCUGACAUCACAUGGACCCUCUGUGGAACCCCCGAUUACUUGGCUCCAGAGGUGGUGUCCUCCAAGGGCUACAACAAAUCCGUUGAUUGGUGGUCAUUGGGAAUCCUGAUCUUUGAGAUGCUGUGCGGCUUCACUCCUUUCUGGGACAGCGGCUCUCCCGUGAAGAUCUACGAGAACAUCCUGCGAGGUCGGGUGAAGUACCCGCCAUACCUUCAUCCAGAUGCCGUGGAUCUGCUCUCGCAGCUCAUCACGGCGGAUCUCACCAAGCGUCUGGGUAACCUUCAUGGAGGCUCCGAGGAUGUGAAGAACCACCCCUGGUUUGCGGAGGUCACCUGGGACCGCCUGGCCCGCAAGGAUAUUGAUGCUCCUUAUGUGCCGCCCAUCCGGGGAGGACAAGGUGACGCUAGUCAGUACGACCGGUAUCCGGAGGAGACGGAACAAUACGGCAUGGCUGGUGAAGACCCUCACGGCCAUCUGUUCCCUGACUUCUAGUGGUUGUCAUGAUGAGAUGAUGAGAUGAUCAGCCGUCUUUCCAUGAAACCUUUCUUGCGAGAUCGAGUCGAUCGAUGGUUCCCGGUGUGUCUAAGAGCGGGUAUAAUCCCCCCCAGAAUUUCCUCCUGAGGCUGCGUAGAGUAGCCUUAUCUUGAUGAUUUUUCCAUAACACUGUUGCUUGAUGGUUUCUUUCUGCGUCGGCUUGUCUGUUUCCAUGAUCGCUGGCCGAAUCAAGCCUUUGCUGCUCUUC